UUCAUUGGGACGAUAAGCUUAAAACUUAUAUCCAGCCCAAAUUACCUUUUAUUUUCUGUACUGACUGGAGUGCCUCCUGUCAUUCAAACCUAGCCGGCGGCGCUUACCCUUCAAUUUCAUAUCUCCGCCUGAGAACUGUUGCGCCCGUUGUUGCUUCGUAAAUUACAGGUGAAUAUUAAUCAAUAAACCAUGGCAGAGAUCGAUAACACUAGCGAAAAUGAAAGAUUGAAAAAAGAAGCAAAGCAGUUAGCUGCUGUGUUGAAAGAAAUGAAAACUGGCUUAGAUGUAGUGACUACCAAAGUACAAGCUUUAACCGCUAAGGUGAAAGCAAAUAACUUGCUGACCGCGGAUGGGAUAAGUUAUUUGGAAGCCAAACAUUUGUUGCUUCUGAACUAUUGUCAAUCACUUGUCUAUUAUUUACUUCGCAAGGCAAAAGGAUAUUCGAUUGAGGGACAUCCCGUUGUUAGGAGUCUUGUUGAGAUUAGAUUGUUUCUUGAAAAGAUUAGGCCAAUCGACAAAAAACUUCAAUACCAAAUCCAAAAGCUUAUAAGGGUUAGUGGGAGUGCAAUGCAGAAAGUAGGUUCAAAUGAAGAAUCAGAUGGACCUCAGAAGACAGAGGAUCCAUUGAAUUAUCGCCCAAACCCGGAUAUGCUUAUUAGCAAAGCAGAUAUGAUGUCAGAGAAUGGUAUUGGUGUUUAUAGACCACCCAAAUUCGCCCCUGCAGUUGUGGAAGAGGAUCAUAAGAUGUCAAGAGAGGAAAGGAAUGCUUUAAGAAGGGAAAAGGAAGCUUUGCGGAAAGCUUCACGGAGCACUUAUAUUAGGGAAAUAAUGGAUGAUUUAGAAGGAAGACCUGAAGAGGUUAGAGAAAUUAUUGGAACGGAAAGUAGAGAACUCACUAGAUAUAUGGAAAAGAUGGAAAGGCGUGCACAGCAAGAGGAAGAACUUUUUACUCGUGCUCCUGUUACAAAGAAGGACAAAAAGAUAGAGAAACACUUGAAGAAGUCAAGAAACGGGUUGCUUGGUCUGACUGACAGUUUCUAUGAUGAAAUUAAAACUUUACCAUUGGGAGGUGAUACCAAUGAGCAGCCAACUGACUUCAGUAAUGGUAAUGGUGGAAUGAGGAAGCUCAAAAAGCGCAAGAGGAAACAUUAAAUGGCAACAAACUGUAUGUACAUGUGAAAGGGGAUCUGAAGUCAGCCCGGGAAUUUUGCAUUCAAGUUUUCUGUUGAAAGCAUUUCAUAAAGUUUUGGUUUGUAUGAAGCAUUUGUUAUUUUUCUUUUUCCGCAAUUCAUUUUAUCGAAACAUACAAUAGGAAUACAAUCGUUAUGUAGUAAAUUCUUCUGUUGCUUCCCUCUUGACUAGUAUUUUAGGGCCUCGGCAUCAUCUUUGGUCCACCGCACCCUAUAUUUAUUUAGAAUUAACAUAUGAAAGAAACGAAAUUUUGUUCUCUAAUUGAUCGGUUUAAUGAAUCUAACCAAGGAGGAUCCAAGAGUGUAUGAGGAUUCGAUGCUGUGAGCGAACGAUUGGAAUGGUUGAUAGAAGAGGCUACCGGUUUCGGAUAAUAAGAUUAUUUUGAUUUUACUUAAAACUGAAGCCAUCAUCUCAAGGAAAAAACAAUCAUAGUAUUGUACACUGUAGUAAUUAUGCAGGAAAUAUUCAACGCCUCAAGGCCAUGGGGAUUCUGUAAUGUAUGAAAAAGACUAUCCCUAAAGGGUGAAAAAAUGCUCCCUUCAGCAUAAUGAAUCGUCGUAUUUACAUUUGAAUUGGCGUUUUGUCGAAUCUCUGAUGUACCUCUUAAUCAACUGUAAAUUUGUUACGUCAAGAUAUUUUUGAGCCUUCCUUCAAAGUUGGCGAAAUGUUACAGAGAACAGGACCCAACAUGAGAAUCAAGCUUUCAAACAGGAAAUAGGGGCUUCAGCCUGCACCAUCAGGGAGAUAUGGCAAUCCAAGGGAGAGAAUGUAAAUCGAACCAGGCACUGCAAAGUGAACCGAAAUUAUAUUUUUGUGCAUGGUAGCGACAUGGAUGCAAACAUGUGAUCAUGUCCAUGCAUAUGAGA